UCUAACGUUUCAUGUGAUCGAGACGAAGAAGAAACUAAACUACAGAGUAAAAAAACCCUAAACCCCCAAAAUUUGCGAGUACGAGAGAAGAAAAAUGAAUGGUGUAUCUCGUCAUCUUCGAGGUUCUUCACUUCCUUCGUUGAUUCGCGGCUAUGUUGGAGGAAUCAAUUCGGUCCGGCGAUUUUCGUCUCAAUCUGAUGGCUUCUCUGGGGGAAGAUUCAGAGAGCAAGGGCCAGUUCCGGGAGACUCUGAAAAUAACAACUCAGGCGUACCAAACACGGGAAGAUUUGGUUCCCCUUCGGAUCCUAACCCUUCGCCUAUGAGAACUUUCGGUGAUUUGAAAGCUGGCAUGUUAAACAGGGGAGGAAACGGUUUCUCUGCUCCUAAUGCUCCUCCUACUUUCAAAAAUCCACUGAGAACAAGGUUACCAAACACCUUACCAGAUCAGUUCAGUCAGACGAAUCCAGGUUUGUCAAACACGGGAGGAAGCAGAUUCUCAGCUCCUAGCUACGAGAAUUUCAUUCAAUCUUCGCUUCUCAAGGAGAAUUCUCCAGGCGAAGAGAAGUCAAGUGACAUGGAAUUUAUCAGAGAAGUAAUAACAGAAGAUGAAGGACGGAGAACCUCAGUGCUAUUCUCUCAUUUCCAUCGCCCAAACCUUGAAACGAAUGCUGACAUCAUACACAUCAAGAUGCUGCGGAACAACACUUUUGUUACGGUAACAGAUUCCAAAGGAAACAUCAAACUGAAAGCAACGUCUGGUAGUUUGCCUGAUCUUAAAGGUGGAAGGAAGAUGACGAAUUACACAGCUGAUGCGACUGCUGAAAACAUUGGGAGAAGAGCUAAGGCUAUGGGACUGAAGAAUGUGGUGGUUAAGGUCAAUGGAUUUACGCAUUUUGGGAAGAAGAAGAAAGCCAUUAUUGCGUUUAGAGAUGGAUUCACCAACUCUAGGUCUGAUAUGAAUCCGAUAGUGUACAUCGAGGACACCACUAGGAAAGCUCAUAAUGGUUGCAGGUUACCAAGGAAACGUCGGGUGUGAAAAGUAAACGUGUGGCAUGUCGUCUCUUUGUUAUAUUCUAUGGUCUCUGUUGAAACCAUUUUGUUUUGCAAAUUUGUCUCUUUUGUUGGUUGUGUUUCUCGUCUAAGAUCCGAAGAAAAUCGGGUAUGAACCAAUGGGAUUUGAUUAAUAAACCUGAACUUGGUUCUAUAUUCACUUCCACGUUA